AUGACUCCUUUGGAUCCCUCUGUCAAGCUUGUAUUAGAUAUGUGUGCUCAUGUUUCUGACCCUAGCUUGUAUAGAAGAUUAAUUGGGAAGCUCAAUUUCCUCCAAUACACCAGGCCUGAUAUUUCAUUCUCAAUGCAAUAUUCAAGUCAAUUUCUUCAAAAGCCACAAGUGCCUCACAUGCUAGCUGCUAUACAUGUGCUCGGAUAUCUGAUGAAUGACCCUGCCCAGGGUAUCCUCAUCUCCAAUUCUUCUGAUUUCUCUUUGCAAGCCUAUUCUGAUUUUGAUUGGGCAGCUUGCUCCAUCUCUCGCAAGUCAGUGACUGGAUAUUACAUUACCCUUGGUGGCAGCCUUGUUUAUUGA